CCAAACGCCCAAAACCACGACCAGGUAAAAAAAUAAAAAAUAAAAAAUUGAUUUUGAAUUUUCCAUCACGUUCUCGGGAAAAUCUGUGUUCCCCAAAAAAUUCAACCGGCGCUGAUGUAUUUCUAGAGAGAGAAAAAGAGAGAGAGAGAUGGAUCCGGAGCAGACUUUUAUACGAGUUCAAGAGCGCUUCUCCCAGAUGCUUACACCAAAGAUGAGAGCUGCUCUCGAGUAUAUUUGCCUCUUCGUCGCCAUCACUUUGUUCUGUAUUCUCGUUGUUAUGCACGCCAAUUAUGUUCAGCAGCCUGGCUGUUCCAGUGAGCUCUCUGGAGUUGAAACAUCUGAAGCACAACUUAUUCAAAUUAAGAUAACUAGUGCAGGAUUGUGGUCACAGAAUGAGUCUGAAUCUGAUAUGACAGAUGCUCUUGAAACAGAAUCUGCAAUGGAUAAAUUAGAAGUUUCUAAUGUGGAUGGAGAUGGAAUGACAUUUUCAGUUGCUAAAUUUUGGUUGAAUUGGAUUCGUUCCAAUGCUAGGAGGGGUAAAUUGGCAUUGAAGUUUUGGAAGUCUGAUACUGAACAUGAACGUCAAUCUGAUAGCUCUACCAAUAGUCAUGAUGACACUGUUAUUAAAACUGAUAAGGAAGAGACACGUGGUAGUUUUCCUUUGUCAGCCAAGGAGACAUUUAAAGCAGCAUUUCUUCAUUUUGGAAAAAAAUGGUACAGGCGUAUAUCGUUCAUUUGGAGACAUGCUGUGCAAAUUGUCAGAAGUUUCUCAAAGUUGUCGGAUAUUACAGGUAUACAUUUAAAUGUUGAUAUUCCAAAGUUGCUGCGUAUACUUCAUUUGGAUAAAGCGAACUCGUAUGCAGUGCAGUUUCUUGAGAAGAGAUGUAAAACGUUUGAGCCAACUUACUUGUACACUAUGGAAAAGGGUUACUUGUUGCUGCCUGAAGGUGCUAAAUCCCGGCAUAAUAUACUUACUGUCAACAUUAGCAUUUCAGCUCGACAUUCCUGCUUUGGGAACAGGUGGCAGCAACUUCUUAUAAACAGAUUUGUUGGAUAUGAUACGAUUUUGAUGAACAGUUUAUUAAGUUCUCCUGGUCAAGGUUAUCUGUACAAUUAUCAAUCGAAGGAGUUCUAUAAUCUUAGUUAUGCUCAAGAACCACCUGAAGGUCCUGCAAGAUUUGGAGACUACCUUGUGACCAAGUGUGGCGUGCUUAUGAUGUCACUUUUUGUUUUCUUUACAACUACUAUGUCAGUAUCAUUUACGUUGAGAGAGACACAAAGUCGCAUGCUGAAGUUUACAGUGCAGCUUCAACAUCAUGCUCGGCAUCGGCUUCCAACAUUUCAGUUAAUCUUUGUGCAUGUAAUUGAAUCUCUUGUCUUUGUGCCGAUAAUGAUUGGUAUCUUAUUUUUUCUUUUCGAGUUUUAUGAUGAUCAGCUGUUGGCCUUUGUGGUGUUAAUACUUGUCUGGUUGAGUGAGCUAUUUACACUAAUCAGUGUCCGCACACCCAUAUCGAUGAAGUUCUUUCCACGCUUCUUUUUGCUCUAUUUUCUGGUUUUCCACAUAUAUUUCUUUUCCUAUUCAUAUGGAUUCUCUUAUUUGGCUCUCUCUACAACUGCUGCGUUUAUGACACAUCUCAUUCUAUACUUCUGGAAUCGUUUUGAGGUACCUGCUCUACAAAGGUUUAUGCAAAAUCGACGGUCACAGCUUCAGCAACACCCGGACUUCCAAAUUACCUCCUCAACCAUCCUUGCUUCAACUCUGCACAUCACAAGAUUAAACACAAGAAAUCCUGGUGUAGUUAAUAACGACUUAACCUCAGGGCCUGGGUUGAGACCUGUUUUAGAUCAAACAGCACCUUCGAAUGGAGUGGAGGUUCCUGGCUCGCAACAGCAACCGGAAAAUAAUGGCAGCCCCGAGAGGGUAGGGAACCCUGUUCAGAUGCCAGAUCAAGCUGACUUUAGGCAAGCCGAUAACGGGCCAAACCCAGGGACUAUGAAUUCUUUCAGUUCACUGUUAUUAUGGAUAUUAGGAGGGGCCUCUUCUGAAGGCCUCAAUUCUUUUCUUUCCAUGUUCAGAGAUGUGAGAGAUCAAGGACAAGUUUAUGCUGAACCAACUAGGAAUGAAAACCAAACAAACCAGAAUGUAAGAUAGUGUUUGGCUAUAUUGCAUUUGAAGGGAUUCAGUAUUUGAGAUUACCUUUGAGGUUUAGUAUAGCAACGACUUUCUGAUAUAUGUUUUUGUAUAAAAAACAAUAUAAAUGUGCAAUAUAUACCCUAUUUGUCUGCUCAAGAAAAAUGAAAAAGAAAAAAGGAAAUUUCUUAAGCAGAUUUACAAUUCUAGUUA